AUGCCAAGUGUACCAGCGAAUCAGCCAAAACCUCCCGUCACGCGGCCUCCCUGCCUUUCGGCGCCAGCUCGGCCCUGCUCUUCGCCUCUGCCGCGUCGCGUACCCCCCCCCCCCCCCCCCCCCCCCCGGCCCAGCGUCGCGCUUGAUCGAAGACACGCUGCGCCGCGCAGCAGCCGCUCCCCGACAACAGGAGGCUUGAAGGCUUCCCUCGCUAGCCACCUCUCUCCCUCGCUCCUCCUCCCUGUCUCCCGCUGCCGCGACACGGCCACAGCCCCCGCCCUCCUUGCCGCCGCCGCCGCGAAAGGCGGCCGCCCUGCCCUAAACCCUAAACCCUCCCGGCCCGCCGCGGCUCGGAAUGCAGCCCUCGCCGGGUCCCCCGCCGCUCCCGGCGGCCGCGCCGGUGUCGGCGGAGCUCGCGCGCCUCGAGGCGCAGCUAGGCCAGUCCGCGGACGCGUGGGCGCGCGGCCAGCUGGCGGAGCUCGGCGACGCCGCGGCGGCCAGGGUGCUCCGGAAGGUCGCGGAGACCGGCGCCCGGGUGCGGAACCUGUCCGCCUUCAUCAAGUGGCUCGGCAAGCAGGAGGCCAUGCAGCGCAACGCCGCUGGGGUCCCCACCGCCGAGAGCGCCGCCUGCAGCUCCGGCCCCUUCCGCGCCUCCCCGCAGGUGACAAUGGCCAGCUUUCUGGAAAGGUUCUUGUCUAUAAACAUCCUGGAUUACAUUUUGGCGAUAUACACGAGUUGACUGCAACAUAUAUUGAUGGUUUAGAGGAUAUUGUGGGAAAUUCCAAAUAUGCCAUAUUUUUCCCCACUUGUGGACCACGGUCUUUGGCUGAUGAAAUGGCAAAUAGCGAUUUUGAUGGCAACAUGUACUGGGUCUCAAGAAACCCACUGUUACUGGAAUGCUUCAAACCACAUAAACCAUGGGUUCGAAGAAUAUCACCGAGAAAGACUGACCAGAAGAAGCCUCAGGAUUAUGGAUCCAAGUUGGAAUGCGUAUUAUUCCGCGAAUAUUUGAGAGCUAGAUUUACACCCAGUUAUGUCCUGGGUGCAGCCGCAAAUUGUUGGUUGACAUAUAUGGAUCGGCUCUUGACAGGCAACAUUCCUAAGAGUGAGCGGAAAGAAAUAAAGAAGAAGAUGCUUGACUUGGUUGACAUUUACUAUUUGGCUUUGGAUGCUCCGAAGUCAGGGAACAAGAUCACUGUUCCUGAAGAGCUGAUGGUCAAGCGGUACCCACACUUCAUGGAACGUUCUCCUGACUACCAUUCGGCAUCAGUGCUGGGCAAAAUCUAUGAUGAAGUAAAAUCACAAGAGUCUGAAGCUGGUCCUUCAAUCAAGAUAGUGCCCCUGCAAUGCUUCACCGAGGUAGCAGUAUCUGACGAUUACAAGCGCCGUUGGACAUCUCUUUAUCAGGAGUACUUGAGGGAGAGCUCUAAACUUUGUAAGCUGGAGAACAAAGCAGAGAGGAACAUCAAUUUCCGUGAACUCUACCAAGAGUACAAGCGGAUGCUGUACAAGGCCGAGGAGUUUGAGUACAGCCCGAGGGAGCGCAUUGAUCUCUUCAACGAGGCCUGUGCGGUGUACCAGGUGGUGUAUGAGCACGCAAUGUCCCGCAACGAGGUCAGCAAGUGCGGCUUCGCUUGGAAGGUGGCAGGCCGCGCUCUGUGCCAGCUAUACACGCUGAAGCAUGGCGGCGAUACCGUGCUUUGUUCCUUCUCCGUUCUUGAGGGCGCUUUCAAGAAGAACCACCGCCCAUAGCACCUAGCGCUUUGCGUAGUGGGAAUGCCUUCUUUUUGUGUGUCAAGCUGAUGGUGGUGCAGCACUUUGUAGUGAUGCUAUUAGGCGAUGCACAAUGUUACGAAGAAGCAGACCUGUUGGCUACAAAUUCACCUGCAUCUGAUGCAGAGGACUGUAGUAAUGUAUGUAUCACUCCUGGAAGAUCUUAAUGGUGUAUGUAUAUACUAGUAUACGGUAUGUGUAUCGAGUGGGUUCAUUCAAAACUAGAAUCUGGUACAUGUCCAUGUCCUCUCUUCUCGGUGAUCCUCACCUUCUGUAAUCUGAAUGAAAUGGAGCCCUUUGACACUUAA